AUGCAGAUUCCACCGCUACUAUCCCUCCUACCCCUCGCCGUCUCAUCCCCCUCCUCCGACAACGACACCCAAACAUGGACCAUCACCCGCCUCGACUACCAUUACAUGACAGAAUACCCAGGCUUCGGCCCCCCACACAUGCCCUGGCCCGUCUCCGCCAUCUUCAAUACCACGCUCUCUUUUGACGUCUCGAUACCGGAUGCGACAGCACCGCACGGCAGCUGGAUCGCGACGUGCGAGCUUGGCUGGGAACAUGCAAGUUUGCCAGGGACGUUUGUGGCUUGUCGGGAACAGAAGGGGGAGGCCGAGGACGAGGGGAAAGGUACGGGGAUGGUUAGUGUGUAUUUUGGGGUGGAGAAGUGGAACGGGACAAUCGUGGAAGCCCUGGGAGAGAAGCAGGUCGAUAUGCCGUUCAGUCUGAAGAUGUGGAGAUUUGAUCUCGCCUCCAACGUGAAUAAACCGUGA